AUGGAUGACUUGUCGGGCCUGAGCUGGUCCGCACCUAAGCCUGAAAGCGCAGCCAAGACUGGAAACGCUGGGCAGUCGCCGUCGCCGAUCCCUUCGAAUAGCUUCUACCCUGCCCUGCGCUCAACCCCAACGCCCUUUGCCUCGGGGCGCAACACGCCUCUGUCAACACAGGGCUCCGGAAAUACUGCUUUCAAGCCGCCAUCCACCGCCAAGCCGGCGCAGGACAGUUUCAGCAAUCUCGUUACUUUUUCUUCGACCAAGUCGGGCGCCAAGCUUUCUCUUCGAGAACAACAAGAGCGAUUGGAGGCCGAGAAGCGCAGAAAGGAGGAGGAAAAAUGCAAGCAGGUGCGCGCGCAAUAUGGGGAUGGCCAAUUCUGGGAUUCUCUUGGCCAAGGUCAAUCGGCAUCACUCAGGACACCUUCUCCCGGGGCACCGCCGGCCGUCAUAGCGAGCAUUCCUGCCGCCCGAAAUGGGAAGCCAGCAGAGUCGGACGAGGACUUAUUUGCGGCGUUUAACUCCAAGACGAAAGUUGACAAUUCUAGCUACUACCCUCCGCCAGCGGCUUCACACACCCCUUCACCAGCAAACGCACCCACCCUCAACUUGAGCAACUCUCAAGCCUGGGCCGGGCCAAUAGCUUCGGCUACUGGUAACUUUGUUGAUGACGAUGAUGAUCCGUUUGGCCUGAGUCAGCUCAAGACCACGGCCGCCGCAUCUCCUGCUCCACCCCUGAGUGACGAUGACGAUCUCUUAGGCGAUUUGGGUAAACCUGUAGACCAGGUCAGGAGACAGGCAGGGCCAUCGUUUUCUAAACAGCCAGAACCAGGCAAGGCCAUUGAGGACUCGUCUUCAGAUUCCGAAGUCGAGCCAGCGGCUACACCCAACGACCCCUUUGAUAACGCUGUCGCCCAACUCGUCGACUAUGGCUUUACCCCCGAGAAUGCUCGGCGAGGCCUAACCGAAAGCGGCGCGGGACUCAAUGUUCAAGCUGCAGUGAAUUGGCUGCUUGACGAUGCCCAUAGACAAGCAAAAGAGAAGGCAAAGGGUCAAAAAGGUUCAGGGGACCAAAACAAAAAUAGCGGUGGCGAGCGAGCCUCGAGUCAGCCUCGGAAUGGCGGCCCGGCCUGGGCAAGGGAUGGGCUCCAAAGCGAUGGGUCGAGAAGCAGAGACAAUCGGUCCCCCGCUUCCGUUGACAGCGACUUUACGAAGACUGCUGCUGCCGUUGGUUCAACCUUUUUGAAGACCGCAAACACCCUCUGGAAAACUAGUCAAAAAAAGGUCCAGAAAGCAGUUUCCGAGUUUCAACAAGAUAGCGAUCCAAGCCAACCGAAAUGGAUGCGGUCGACCCAGCAAGAUCGUACCGGGGGACGGAGCGAGCGACAGCAAGCUGAAGUUACCGACGAAGCUAUGCUAUUGGAAUUAGGUGGGCGACCAGAGCGAAGGGUUGGGAAUGCUGGCUCAGAGGAACGGUCGCCUAAGGACUACCCGCCACGCGACUUAUCGCCAGCUCUACCAAACACGCGGAGAGAGCAAGGAAAUUUGGCGCCAAAGUGGCAGCAGGCUCCCCGUCCAUCAUCUCUAGACCCGCGAUCCCGGCUUAGCAAGCAGGCGGUUGAGGAACAGACGAUGCAGGCCUACGUGAGUCCUGCACGGAGGAAGAAGACGACUCCGCAACCGCCGCCAGAGCCAAGGUGGUCGCCAGAGUCGGAGCCAGAUUUGUUAUUUGGCUCGACCGAAUCUCCCAAACCGCAGUCCCCCACCCCAUCUUUCCCUUCCCUCCCUUCUCGCUCGAUCAAGUCUUCUCCCGCUCCGAGCCCAAAUGUUCGACAGUCCCCUCUUCCAAAUCCAAGGCCUGCCGCGCCUCCCCCUCGCGAAAUACCCAAUGUCUCAGCAAUCGCGCUGCAAAGCUCAACAAAACACCGCCUCGAGGGCACUGCGCAUUUUAAACGCGGCGACUUUGCUGCAGCCCAUGCGUCGUACACUUUCUCUCUUGGCGACAUCCCGCAAACUCACCCUUUGGCAAUUCUACUUCUUUGCAACCGAUCUCUGACCGCUCUCAAAACCGGAGAACCUAGGCAGGCGGUAGAGGACGCUGACUCCGCUCUCCGACUUAUUGGACCGGGCAAGGGUGAAGGCGAGCAUAUAGAACUUUAUGGCGCUGACAACGAGAAGCGAGACAUGCGUGAGCUUUACGGCAAGGCCCUAACACGCAAGGCGGAAGCCUUGGAGCAGAUAGAGAAGUGGGCCGACGCAGGAACUGUCUGGCAAAUGUGUGUCGAAUCGGGACUCGGAGGUCCCACGGCUAUCGCCGGUCGCCAACGUUGCCAAAAAGCCCUUGCUCCAAAGCCAGCGGCGCGACCCCCGCCUCGACGUCCUGCUGCCGCGCCACGUCCAAGGGCAGCGGCGACAAAGAGAAGUGGCGAUUCACAAGCAGUCUUGGAUUUGCGUAAAGCCGAAGAAGCUACCAAACAAGAGGGCAUCGAGAAAUUUGCGCUUGUGGACCAGGUUGAUGCGAAAAUCGCCACCUGGAGAGAUGGCAAGCGGGAUAACCUCCGGGCCCUGUUGAGUAGCCUCGAUAAUAUUCUCUGGGAAGGGAGCGGAUGGAAGAAGGUGGGACUCCAUGAGCUUAUCGUGGCCAGCAAGGUGAAAAUCAUCUAUAUGAAGGCCAUUGCAAAGACGCAUCCUGAUAAAAUCGCGCAAGACUCAAGCACAGAAGUCCGCAUGAUCGCCAGCACCGUCUUUAGCACGCUCAACGAAGCGUGGGACAAGUUCAAGUCGGAAAAUGGCCUAUGA